CAAACAGUUCAUCUAUCAAGUGUUCGAGAAUUUCAGUGCUAGAAUCAUGACCGAGGCAAACAACUUACUCGCUCUUCUCCAACGUCCUCUGGAGCCCACCUUCCUGCCGAAGAACGACGGUAAGACGGUCAUCGAUGUUCCGGAUGACUUCCUAACCGAUCGUUACCGUCCGAUUGGAGCGGAGCUUCAAUCUCGCUUUUCUGGAGAUGCCGAGCAACGGAUUCCUGUACGCACUUCAGCCCCACCGGACCUGUCCUUUGCCGCUAGCAUCGAUCGGCGUGGAGGGUUUUCUCUGUUCGUUGAAAAACAUCGAGAAGCAGCUGCGGCUUUGAUUACUCUGUUCAUCGCUCAGCCAGAUAUUCCUACACUGAUGAGCGUGGCGACCUACAGCCGAGAUCGACUGAACCCGGUUUUAUUCCAGUACGCCCUAGCCGUUGCCAUUCAACACCGCCCUGACACCAAAAAUGUCAAUAUUCCUUCGAUCGUUUCUCUGUUUCCGGAUCAAUUUGUUGAUCCAGCUGUAUUCCCGAAGCUGCGUGAGGAAGGCUCAGUCGUUCAACAGGCCAGUCGGAUGGUGAUUGACAUCCCCCCGAAUUACACUGCUUCCGACCGUGAAGAGGAACAACGUCUUGCCUACUUCCGCGAGGACAUCGGUGUCAACAUGCAUCACUGGCAUUGGCAUUUGGUGUACCCUGGCGAUGGUCCCGAUGCGGUUGUCCGCAAAGAUCGUCGAGGCGAACUGUUCUACUAUAUGCACAGUCAACUGAUUGCCCGCUACAACAAUGAAAGGUUCUGCAAUCGGUUAGCAAGAGUUAGAGCAUUGUCUAAUCUUCGGGAACCAAUCCCAGAAGCAUACUUCCCUAAGAUGAUCCGCAGUUCAAAUGCUCGAUCUUACCCGGGUAGACACGCCAACAUCGCCCUACAGGACGUUAAUCGUGUAGAUAACAGCACCAUCGUGCAGGUUAACGAUCUUGAGCGGUGGCGUGAUCGCAUUCUGGAGGCUAUUGAUCAAGGAUUUGUUCUGGACACCAAUGGAACCCGCAUUCCACUUGAUGAAACACGUGGCAUUGAUAUCUUGGGAGACAUUCUUGAGUCAUCGAGCUUGACUCCAAAUCGACGUCUAUACGGUAGUCUCCACAACAUGGGACAUAACGUCAUUGCGUACAUCCAUGACCCUGACUAUCGCUACCUGGAAGAUUACGGUGUCAUGGGAGACGUGACGACGGCUAUGCGUGACCCAAUUUUCUACCGCUGGCAUGGAAUGAUCGAUCAGGUUUUCCGUCGUUUCAAAGACCAACUGACUCCGUACACCUCGUCGCAAUUGUCAUUCCCCGGCGUAACAGUCAGCUCUGUAGGAGUACAGUUGACCCGUGCCAACACUCCACCGAACACGCUUCUGAGCUACUGGCAACGAUCGCAGGUGGAUCUGGCAUCCGGCCUGGACUUCGGACCCGAGGGUAACGUAUUUGCUUCGUUCACCCAUCUUCAACAUGCACCGUUUAUGUUCCGUGUCCAAGUGAACAAUGAUACCGGAGCCGUUCGGAAGGGAACCCUGCGUAUUUGGUUGGCACCGAAGGUAGAUGAGCGUGGAACACCGCUGUCAUUCAAGGAGCAACGGUUGUACUUUAUCGAAAUGGAUACCUCGACUGUGACGUUGAACCCCGGUGCCAAUACGAUCGUCCGCCGUUCGGAUCAAUCCAGCGUGACGAUCCCGUACGAGCGAACGUUCCGUGCCGUUGGAACGAGCUCCACGCCCACCAACGCCAACGCACUGGCUCAGUUCCGAUUCUGCGGUUGCGGAUGGCCACAGCACAUGCUCAUACCGAAGGGAGCCACUGGUGAUGGCGUCCAGUUCGACAUCUUUGCCAUGGUUUCGGACUAUACCAUCGAUGCGGUCAACCAAACCCAGGAUCCCGCUGCCCCAUGUGACGACGCUCACUCGUUCUGCGGUUUGCGCGAUAAGCUCUAUCCGGAUACUCGAGCCAUGGGCUACCCCUUCGAUCGGAGCACCGAGGCAACCGUGGAAACUUUGCAGGACUUUGUCAGCCCCAAUGCGAACAUGGGGACUGGAACCAUCCGGGUUAGAUUCAGCAAUACCGUCAUCGCACGCACUUGAAUUCUUUUCUAGUAAAUGAAAAAGCCAUAAAGGUUUGUAAGCUCAAAAUCA